AGCAGCCUGUUAACUUCCGGAAAUCAGUUGGGGAGGAAAAGAUUUUCUUUUUGCCAGAAAACCUGCCCUCCAUGAGUCCAUGAGACGCCGGAGCAGCAGGAAACCGUAGAUAAUGGACCGCUGGAUUACAGCACCGAACCUGCGUCAAUAGGACGCUCGAGGGCCGAGGCUGCGGCCCCCCCGAGCCGGAACCAGAACCAGGCCCAGACUCGGGUCCUAAGCAGCGCUGCGACACCCCAGCCAGCGAGAAGAGGGAAGGGUGGCGGGAGGGCCAUGGUGGCCUUCGGCUGCUGAUUGUGGAUCACCGUGACUUGUUGUCGGCGGAUAGACAGCGAGUUCUCCGGUGAGUCCAAGCCGACAUUCGGUGUUCCUGCUCGGGUGGCGAAGGUUCGAAGCUCCGCUAUGGAACAGCUGGAAAUCAGCCAGGCUGGAGGUAGCUUUACUGCCAACUAAACAAGCCGAAGCACGGUCACAGAAGAAGCAUGAGUGUCAGGAACUGGUUCAUGUGAACGAGCGGGGGUUGUUUUAUGUAUCCUAGGUGUUUUCAGUUUUCCUGUUAGCUUUUUAAAGGCCCUGUGGGUGUUUUAUGGAGGGAGUAUAGCUGCUGCUGCUGAGCUAGCACCGGCCUCCACCGCCCCAAUGAAAGAAUACAAAGUUGUCGUUCUGGGCAGCGGCGGCGUCGGGAAGUCCGCCCUCACGGUGCAGUUCGUCACCGGCACCUUCAUCGAGAAGUACGACCCCACCAUCGAGGACUUCUACCGGAAGGAGAUCGAGGUGGACUCGUCGCCCUCGGUGCUGGAGAUCCUGGACACGGCGGGGACGGAGCAGUUCGCCUCCAUGAGGGACCUGUACAUCAAGAACGGCCAGGGCUUCAUACUGGUCUACAGCCUGGUCAACCAGCAGUCAUUCCAGGAUAUCCGGCCGAUGCGAGACCAAAUAGUGCGAGUGAAGCGUUUUGAGAAGGUGCCGUUGAUCUUGGUCGGCAACAAGGUGGACCUGGAGUCUGAGCGCGAGGUGGCCGGAUCAGACGGACGGGCUCUGGCUCAGGAGUGGGGCUGCCCCUUCAUCGAGACCUCCGCCAAGAGCAAGACCAUGGUGGACGAGCUGUUCGCAGAGAUUGUCCGACAGAUGAAUUACUCCACGCUGCCGGAGAAGCAGGAGCAGUGCUGCACGGCCUGUGUGGUGCAGUGAGGACAAGGGAUCGUUUUCCUGAAUCAUCACAGAAAUUUUCAAGAAUCUGAGGACAACCUGACACAAACUUGUUGCAUCAGGUAGUUUUUGACUCUCACAGAGUGUCUGACAGAAAACAGACAUUGCUCUUAUUUUUGAUAUUGCAACUGUUGGAAGAAGCUUCUGCUGCAACCUCGACGGCCUUUUACGAUGAGCCUGGGCGCAGUCGAACACUGACUCUGUGAAUUCAUCUUUUUUUUCCCCCCUUUCUUUUUUCUCAUUUAUAGGUGGAAGUUUUCCUGAAAGCAGGUGUUUUGUGAGGCUGCAGCAUCUUUUUAAAGCUGCUUUAAUCUGUAUUCUUUAAUAUUACUUGUAUCAUGUCUG